AUGAUAUGCCAAGACGUCGUACACGCUGCAAGUAACGCCAGAGUGAAGCUUCCAAAGCAUGUAUCGUUAGGUAUAACUAUUAAACAUCUAACAAGGUCGAAGCAGCUCAUAACUCUGCUAAAUCGAAUGGGACAUUGUUGCUCAUAUGAACAAACUGAAAUUGUGGAAACAGCCCUCGCUGAUGAAACAAUCGCAAGAUCAGAGUUGAAUGGAGGUGUUAUCAUUCCGUCAAACAUAUCACCUGGUGUGUUUGGCCAUAUGGCAGCAGAUAAUAAUCAUUUCAACGAGGAAACCAUCGAUGGAAAGAACACUACCCAUGUGACGACCUUCGUUGCUUUCCAAAGGAAACAACAUGCUCCCGCAACGCCACCCAUGGAAAUCUACGUGGAUCACUCAGAGCGGAAAAGGUCCUUAGAUUCGUCAAGGCCUAUAGUGACGGUAGAGGAUAUCAAUAUUGGAGGAAGACGUCCAGCCGUUACGAAUUACGUUAAUAAGAUAACAAAUGCAAGUUGGCUACAACCAAAUGAUAAUUUCCUUUCAGCUUGUCAAGACGACUUGGUAUGGCUAAUCCUACGCAUGUGUUCCAAUACUAUGUUUGAAGAAAAUUAUCAAACGGUUGAUGCUCAGAAGAUUCCAGGUUGGAGUGGAUUUCAGUCCCUCAGAUUCUCGGAUCCUUCAACGCCUACUUCCAUUGGCUACCUUCCUAUGAUCCAGGCAGAUGCAAACGAGUACAGUACAAUCAACACGGUCAUGAAACUCUCGUUGAAGAUGGCAAAUGCUCUUGGACAGUCCGAAUCUGUAGUAACGUUUGACUUAGCAAUUUACGUUAAGGCAAAGCAGCUUCAAAUGAGGUACCCGGGUGAGUUCAAGAAUGUCGUAGUUCGCUUAGGAGGGUUUCACAUAGCUUUAAACUAUCUUUCGCUCCUUGGAAAGAUGUAUUCAAACUCUGGUUUGGAAGAUCUUCUUAUUGAAUCAGGAGUGUAUGCGCCUGGAACUACCACCGGAUUGGUAGCAGGAAAGUCAUACAAUCGUGGAGUACGAGCCCACAAACUUUGCUUCGAAGCUCUGUUUCGACUAAUGUGGAAAACGUUUGCAAGUUGGCUUGAAGAAAGCUCGCAAGGCUUAGAUGAAAUUUCAAAGACGAAAGCCCUCGAGUUACUCAACCAAUGCAAAGAUUCCGACAAUAAGGAAGAAUACCUUAAAGAAAACUGGCAUUUGCUAAAAGAUGGCUUAAGUGCACUGGUGCGUCUAUUCAAAGAAUUUGAAAAUGAAGGAAAAGUCAAAUUACACCUUUUUGCAUUUUGGAGUGAAUACAUGUCAAUGGUGUCCUUUCUGCUUCAGUUUAUCAAAGCUGAGCGAACUGGCAACUUACACUUGUCUUCCACUGCUAAGAUGCUACCCUAUUUCUAA